GUAAGCAAUAAUGGAUUCAGUGACAAUGUAACCGCUUGCUCUCGAACAAAAGCACAAAUCAUACGUUUGGCGGCAUAUAUGUUAAAUAUAAGUUAAUACCCGGAAAAAUACGACCGCACGAUGACUCGCAAUGUACGUGUCUUGCAAGCUUUGACAAUUGUGGCUCUAGUGUCAGCCAUAUUUUAUGUUUCUCACAACUUUGUGCGUUAUAUUUUAAGAGGUAGGGAUAAUUCUUUGCUGUGUUUGUAUUUUUAAGACGUCGUCAAAUUGUUGACGUCGUUAAAGACUUCCCUGUUGGGUAAUAGAGUUGGCUUUAAAAUUUAAUUUAACAUUAUUUUAUCUUUUUUUUCCCUUUUUUUUUUUACCACUCUUGCUGUUAUACACUCAUGAGAUCUGUCAACCAUAGCUCUUAGACUCUAUUACCACGCUCAUAUUCUUUAAAGUUGCUGCUCUAAAUUUUUCAUUUACUCUGGUUCAUAUUAUUCAAUUAUUGCUUGCAAUACACUAUCGAAAGGACCAAUACCCUUACACUUAAUUUUAAAUUAGAAGGAAUGACAUGAUAUAUGGCAUCUAUUAAGAAUACUGAGCAAUAACGACUACUUUUCGUAUACAUCAGUAUUUAAUGCCGAGGGCAAUUUUUUUUCCCAAAAGGCAGAGUAACUGUUGAGUAGUACACACCACACAGAUGAAUAGUGGCUUUCUCAAUUCAACGCUGAGCAGCCGAAGAGAAAUAAUUGCAGAUCAAAAAUUUAAUUUCCAACCAUUUUAUGGUAUAUUGACAGAAAUGAAUUUUUUUUUGGUUUCUGAGUGGUAUCUACAACUUACUAAGGCAAUUAUUCACCUAAGUGAUGGUGAAAGUGGUGGAUAUUUACUUCUACUUUGGUGAAUUAUUGUUGAGAUCAAUUGCUCUAUUUCUUAGCUUGUUGGUGCAUAAUACAUAUACCUCAUUUGCAUUCUCAAAAGCCAUUUUUAUGUCAAGCAUAAUUUGCACUCUGGCUUUGAUCUUUGAUGCUUGUUUCUAGGUAAUCUGUUUAGUCUCCUUUUUUGGGAUGUUUUGGAAAAGCCAUUUAGUAGCAAGUGCUGCACACUCUGGUGACCCCUCAUGGCAAAUUCCCGCUCAGAUUUAUAGAUUUCAGCAGGGGCUCUUCUGACUAUCAGGGGGAGCAAAAUCAUUCAGUUCUAAAAAUGAGUGGUACAACUCCCCUUAUACCUUAAACCAGUUCCCGCCUCUGUCCAGUCUCAGCCGCCCGGUGGGCCUUGUCCUUCCUUAAGUCCCUUUUUGCCUUCCCAGCCUUUCAUAUGGUAGGAACCUAUUUCCCUCAGCUAUAAGGUCUUCACUUCUUCUAGCUUUAUGCUGCACUUCCGUGACAUCCUCAAUGCUCUUGGUCUGCCAGCCAAGAAGUUUGCCAGGCAGCCCUCUGGGUGGAGGUGCAUCCUUUGCCUUUUGUUCAAGGGUGCCUUAAUAAGAUUCUUGGUGAUUAGCACUCUGAUGCUUUACUCACUUACUUUAAAGUUUUACUUUCUUUCACUUAGAAUCUGUUAAUAUCCUUGCCAAUAUAAACUUUCCACUGUUAAGAUUCAAGUUUUACAUCACAAUCUCCACCUUUUUGGGUUUGGAGUAUUAUUUGAUUUUUAAUUUAUACAUAUCAUGUAAGAGUUGUGUAUUUGUGAAAGUAUUAGUUAAUUAGUAAUUUUUUGAUAAGGAUGCCUACCUUUGUCCUAAACAUUGCUUUAGUCCCGCUAGGAGGGUUACACAGUUCUUUGAUUACUCAUAUUGAGAUAACAGCCAGUUUCAACUAAAAUUUAAUCCUCUCACUCUCAAAAUUACAGUUAUUUAGUCAUUCUCCUUACUGUCUGCUUUAUAACUCUUGUGAUGUUACUUCAAAUAAUCUAAAAUCGAGUCAACUAGUAAUCUUCUAUUGAUAUUUCCCUUUAUUCCCAUUUCCUGUUUUCUUGAUAUGUUAUCUAUAUUCAUUUUUAAAGAGAAAUUCUUUCUUGGUCCUUCAUGGGAGUUAAAGGGUUGACAGGUAUAUUUAAUUUAAUUAGCUAAAACUUCAUAUCUUUUAAAAAGUGUUAUGUCAAAAUAUGUGACAUCUUUUGUGUUCGUGAGCAGUUUGCUUAGUUUUACUUGGAGUUCUCAUUGGUUCUUAAGAGCAUUUCCUUUCCUCUGUUGGUCAUUGUAAUAAAUUUGGUCUUGUUUUUGCAAUACUCAAUCAAAAAAGCAUUCUUGCUGUAUAGCAUUAUACAAGUUAUUAUGGUAAAACAAUUCAAGCAUCAGUGUUGUUGAGUUAGUAGAGGAUGUAUUACAAUUAUACUAGCUUUUGAUAUUGUAAAAAACAAUUUCUCUUUUAAACUUUUUGCAGAGGAUGGAGGGUACUCACAUUGGACAGUAUUCUCUAGGUGCACUAAGUCCUGUGGAACAGGGGUGCGUUUCAGAACACGGUCAUGCAACAAUCCUGAACCACAGUUUGGGGGUAAAAACUGCUCUGUUCUUGGAGAAGACAAGCAAACUUUCAUGUGUAACAUGAACCCUUGUCCAGGUAUGAUAAAGUUUUAGGCUGCUUUAUUGUGUUGUUAGAUUGUCUGAGAAAACAAACCUGAUAUUUAGACAGGUGAAUUAUGAAGAAUCCAAUUAUUUUAUGGGAGUAUGGAUGAUGCAGUGGUGACAGCAUUCACCUGCUACUAAGAGAGAUUCCAACCCUUUUGAAAUAAAAGCGAGAGGUUUCGAGAUCGGUAAAGAUGAGACCAAGAACAACAAAAGCAUUAGCCUCAACACUGGUCUUGGGGCAUGCUUCAUCUGAAUAUAUUUUGAAAACAUAGGCUUCCAAGAUGCCAUUUCCUUCAUUUUGAAAUCAAAGUCAGAGGAAAUUUUAUCUUGAAUGACCUAAUAGAUUUUAAAUCACAUAGUGAAAGCCCAGGCUCACUGGUUCCUUUGACAUUUUUGAUGAUAAUAUUUGCUUUCAAGGGAAAUGUAAUAUUAAAGGACACUUUCAGAUGUUGAAAUUUUUGAUUAGGGGAUGACCAGAAUGACAUCCAAAACCACACAACACCACACAUAAAUGCAAAUCUCUUGCAAAGUCAAGGAAAGUAUUAUUUUUAUUUGAGGAAACUUACAAAAGGAGAAGAAAACUGAAUGAAAAUGGGAGGCCAGAAAAAGAUCUCUGAAAACAAGAGGUUUCCAGCCUUUGUUUGAAAUCUCUGCAGUAAUGUGGUCCAUUAGAUAUGUGGUCACUUAGGGGCAAAUGAAUAUUUCUUGGUAUUGCAUGUUACUUGUCUUUGUGCCCUUAUAUUUUCCCUGGAUUCUACAGUUCUCCUCUGUACUUUACUUUAGGGUUUAACUGGGUUUGUUCCUUUUUCAUAAAGGUUUUUACUUUUGAGGCCUAAUCCAUCAAACUGAAACCUAGUCACCUGCCUGAUUUGGUUUUUGACCCCACCAAAAUUUAAUUUAUUAUAAGUAAAUUAUGUGUACAUUGUACAGUUGAUGGUGCCUAUGGCCCCUGGUCAGAUUUUGGUGAAUGUUCAGUGACGUGUGGGGAAGGUGUUCAGCAACGGAGACGCCAGUGUGAUAACCCAGAACCCAAAUUUGGUGGGUUAAGUUGUGAAAAAUUGGAACUUGGAUCAGAUGUUGAGUCAAGGGUGUGUAACAAGGGGACAUGUCCAGGUGAGAUUCGAGUACAAUCAUGAUGAUCUGACAUUUGACACAGGCAUUCAGGCUUUGUUCUUUGCUUUGUCUAUUUGCCUCAUAAAAGUGAACAUGACUGAUGUGUAAAGACAGUUUUGAAUGACUCAACUCUGAAAGCAUAGGUUUCCUGAUGAAUUUUGUGAGACAAGGUAACCUAUGUUUGGUAGAAUCCAAGCUGAGUUCAAGCUGAGUGUGAGGUUCAAUUCCUGGCUGAGUUCACUGCACAUGUGUCCUCAGACAAAUCAGAUUAAGUAUUUCGCUCUGACAAAGGGUAAAUACUUGAAACAUCAGCUUGCAAUUUCUUUGCAGUGGCCAAUUUGCAUUGUCAACUUGUUUGAUAAAACUAAAUUAUCUUGUUAUACUCCCCCACUGAUGCAGCACCAAAGUCUCUCUGAAAACUUACCCUCUUUAUCUACUUUAUAAUUUUCAUGGUGUCUUUUUCCAUAUAGAAGUGUAAAAGGAAAGUAAUGAAUUAAUAGAAUUAAUGUAUCUUUGUAGUAAAUGGAGGUUAUGGGAAAUGGAGUGACUUUGGUGAAUGCUCAGUGACUUGUGGGGGUGGCAUGCGGGAGAGGAAUCGUCAGUGUAACAGUCCUGAACCACAGUUUGGUGGGAAAACAUGUGAGGAACAAGAUCUGGGGCCAAGUGUGGAAACAGAGGCAUGUAAUGAACAAUCUUGUCCAGGUGAGUGUGAGUGGCAUUGAUGAUGUUUCAGAUGGUCCUUUAUGUUUGCCAGGUACAUUGUUAUCCCUUAGUUUACAGUUUCUUUUUCUCAGUUUUUCUGUUGCUAUCUUAGAUCAUGUCACACUUGUGCAUUUAACCAAAACCAAAAAAUUGAACUCAGGACAAAUUUAAGACUGGCAUGCGGAAACGCUUUCAACCAACCACUAAACAUCAACCUACUGCAUUGAUCUACUACUCUUGAAGCUAAAGAGAAUAAAGUCUGUUCACAAGUCAUAAGGCCUGCACUGCAAGAGUUUAUUUGGGUUUGUGUAGCAGGAGGGUACUACUAGUAUUGGUAAUGCCCAUGAAUUGGAUGUUACCUCUCUGUAGGUCACUUCCUUACCCAGCUUUUCUCUAAGGUUCUCUAACAGACCACUGGUUCUUAUUUGCACUUCUCAGUGGAGAGAGGCUAUGAGAGAGUAGAGUGUGUAGCUCAAGGAGAGGCCUGGAGAGGGUUUCAACAAAUAACUUCCAGUCCAGAGUUCAAUGGACAAGCCAUUUUUUAUACCAUGUCCACUAGUCUAUUAGACUGAAAAUCCCUAACUUUGAAUUCUUUUCUCACUACUAGUGUGUCUGCUUGUUUUAUAAUGUUACUUCUAAAUUCAAAUGUUUCUAACACGCCCAAAUUUGUCUCUUUCAAGGGUUUGGUUAUUUUCCCACCAAACCCCUCCCCCCCGUACACACACACACACACUUUUCUAUGGGGAAAUGACCUAGUACUGAAUAGGUGUUGGUGUUUAAGCAAGCUCUAUUUUUUUCCAGUGGAUGGCAGUUAUUCAGAAUGGACCGAAUUUGGUAAAUGUACGGUAACAUGCGGAGGAGGUGUUCGCCAAAGGACACGUGAAUGUACCAACCCUGCGCCAGAUAACGGAGGUCAGAGCUGUGAGAGACUGGGUCCGGCGAUGGAGUCUGAGCAGUGUAAUGUUGAACCGUGUCCCACAAAGGCCGCGGAGAAUCAAGGGUAAAUUAGCAACUUGGUCCCAUACCUUUUAAAAAGUGCAAGACGUUUUGUUAUGAGCGUGAAGUAAAAAAAGAUUUGGGUUACGAUUAGAUCUUUGGAUUCCUUGAUGCAAUGCUCUACCUCUGAGCUUCUGAGAACUUUAUGGGGAGCAAGGCCAUUACAAAGUUCAUAGAACAGGCGUCCUGCAGAAUGAGCAGUGUUGAAAGGGUCUUGUGGGUAAAGAGAAUAACACACAAGGUCAUACAUUAAGGGAACAUGACUGAGCUCAAACUUAUCUUUUUAAGGGCGUUUAAAAAAUUUUAAACCAUGCUCCACGUGAUGAUUUGAUAAUAUUUCUUUUUGUAGUGACAGUUUAAAGGUAACUUAUAAUUAGAUUGUUUUACUAUUUAAAAUUCGUUUUAAUUGGCGUGUUAAGAUUAAAGCUGUAUUUCACUGGUUUUAGAUUCGCUGUCUGAUUGGUGCAGCGAACUCGCGCCACCCUUAGCAUUCUCCCGCGCCUCAGGCAGCAUUGUCGUGUUAACGUUAAGUUUCUUAGCUCUUUUUAAAUGUACCUUUGUUCUGAUUGGCGGUUGUGGUUUGGUUUUGCUUUUGUGACAUUCAAUAGGAAUGCAUCUCCUUUUCUAUCACAGGAAAGUUAGUGACAAAGGUGACGAGAAAAACAAAGACGACAGAAAGGAAAAAAGAGAUGCAGAAGAGAGCGAAAAACCGCAAGAGAUAAAGGAAGGGAUCAAAGAAAAUGAUGAAAAUAAGAGAGAUCAAGAGGAAGAUGGAAAUAAAGAAAAAAAAGAAGAGGAAAAUGGAGAAGAUGCGAAAGAAAAGUCGCGGUGAUUUCAGCAGCCGCAAAAGAAACGUCGCGGUGAUUUCAGCAGCUGCAAAAGAAAAGUAACAGCAGUAGUGUGAUAAAUUGCACUAAUUUGUUUCUUGUAAGUAUUUUUGUUAAAUUGUAAGGAACCCCAUUUAGGUUCUCUUCCUUGGAUGUUUUAUAUCUACGCGGUUUUCUUUAAUUUUGUUUAUUUCUCCUUGUUAAAGGUUUUUUACGCGGGUCACGGAAACUUCUGUUUCUGUAAACGUACAAAAUUGUUCUGUUAUUUUAACUGUUACUUCAGAUAUAUGAAAGAUGUCUCAACUGAUGGUUCUGGAGAAUUUGGUGAUGUAUCAAGACAAUGUCCCACAGCUUAGAGAGUUCUUAAGUCUCACUGUGUUUCGGUUCAUAAUGUAUUCUUUAAGGUGAAGAGAGCCUUUGUUUUAGAAGGAAAGCAAAGCCCUAGUUAUACAGCGUAAUAGUUAGAAAUUAAUAACGCGGGUCUCAAUAGAGGGUCUAAAGUAAUCCAUUAAUGCAUUAGUUUUGCUUGUGAACAGUCUUUGAUUGGUCCAUAAAACUCACGCAACCCUCUGGUCCAAUGAGAUACAAAAUUAAAACAAAUCGCAACUUUGUCACGUGCGUUUUCCCGCGCUUUAGGUAGUUUGUAUGUCUUUGCCGUUAGUGGUUGACGAUGAUGUUACCCUUUGUAGUGAUUGGCCGUUGUGUUUACUCUGGGUUUAGAAUUAAAAAACGAGUUGACUGAAGGUAAACAAGUCAGGUCAGCGGCAAUUACACCCAGUUCACACCAGCUCCAUUUAAUUGUUUUAGUUUUCACCUUUAUCACUAGGACUGUCAUAUCUGCAUGCACUGAAUUAUCUACAAACUUUCGGAAAGGUUAAUAAAAGAAUG